CCUUAAACUUGCUGGGAUGCAACAGAAGCGUACCAGGGAGGCGUCCGGAGCGUUCCUGCUUCUAUUUCAUGCACUGGUCAGCGUGGGCCUAGAUGCCAUACCACCUGCUACGUUCUUGAUCACCUUCUCGCAGGUGUGCGUGUAUCUGCGGCUCUUCAGCCUGCCCUGGUCCGAUGUUGAAGACGUCUGCAUCGGUGUCGAUGGCGUCCUGUUCAAGGGGGAAUGGUGGCGCAUCUUCUACGGCGCGAUUGAGCACAUGGACAGCAUGCACCUCUACUACAACAUGGUGAGCUUCGUCUGGAAGGGCAUGAUUCUCGAAGACAUCGUCGGCACUGUGCAGUUCGUCUGGAUCAUCUUCCAGCUGACCACACUCACUGGCGUCCUCAUCGUCGGCCUCUAUUAUCUGCUGGGCAUCUAUGCCGACCCCAUAUUUUACAAGCACUGUGGCAUCGGAUUCUCUGGUGUCAUUUUCGCGCUCAAGGUACUCAACAACGUCAAGUAUCCGGGACAGAGUCGAAAUAUCUUGGGCGUCCAGGUCACCCUGCCUUCAGGAUUUAUCGUCUGGUUCGAGCCCCUCCUAGUCCAGCUUAUCACGGGCAACGGCUCGUUCGUCGGCCACUUCGCAGGGGUCCUUGCGGGCUUGGUUUACGUCGGCUUGAUCAGACCAAUAUUCGACCUGCUGUGGCUAGUCUGGUAGUGGCACCCAAGAGCGCGAUCAAAUACCUCUGUCCUUGUUUGAGGCUGGUGCCGUACGGUGCCGUCCUGCUCUCAGUCGCGUCACUAGCCAUGCAUGCGGACUUCGUGCUGACGUCGGAGUUGAAGCCGCAGGCUACAGAUAGCCCUAGUUGGACCUCAUCUCUCGUGAUCGACAAGGGGCAGUGGCAUCUCUUGCUCCUGCCGGUGCUUCGCUGUUCGGGACACCUGCAUCUUGCCUAUACGAUGGCUACCCUGCUUGGUCUCGGCUACCGACUGGAGCGAAAAGUGGGAACUAUUCGCUUCCUGCUCGACGCGGCGAUUUUGGCGAUCGCCACGAACGUCGCCUUCUGUCUGACCACCCACUACGUGCUGCCCAACUACGACGAGAUCGCUGGUGUGCGGCCAGCCGAGAUGCAGCACAAGUGUUUCGCAGGGCCGACGGCGAUCCUGCUCGCCCUGAAGGCGCUCUACGGCGAAGGCCACUGGCUGAAAAAGUACCCGUUGCUGCUUUUCUCCUUGCCGCUGCCGAGCCUCGUGGGCGCCAUACUCGAAGUCGAUCUUCUCUACUUCCUGCUCCCUGACUUGUGGAUAGUGUGCC